AUCACAUUGGAACAGUUUUAAACCCUUAAAAAUGUAUAAAAUUAUUGUGAUUCUAUCAAUAUUAUGCCUGAGCAGUGCCCUUGCAAACCAAGAUCUUGUCGCUGGGGAACGUGAACAAAAGCAAGCCGUACUGUACACCAUUGAAGGCGUCAUCCUGGCACCCGAUAGGAAACUCAAUCUGCCAAAGACUUGGCUGCGGGACAUAACAGUGUCCAUAAGUAAUGGAGAACUCAUGGGAUUCGUGCGAUUGGAUAGGCGCUUCCUGAUAUCAGGAGUGCGCAAUGGAAGUCACAUCCUGCACAUUGAGCACCCGGACAUCUACUUCCAACCCGUGAAGGUGGAGAUAACGGGAAAAGGAAAGUACCGGGCUCGCAAGGUUAACUACUUGCAGCCGUCGCUGAUCAAUCAAGUGCCAUAUCCACUGCGACUACAGCCCCUCUUCCGUCGAAAGUACUUCAAGAAUCGGGAGCAGUGGCUCUUUAUCGAUCUAAUUCUGAAUCCCAUGGUUCUGCUCAUGGUGGUGCCACUUUUACUCAUGCUGGUUGUUCCCAAGAUUAUCAAAGAUCCGGAGGCCAAAAGGGAGUUGGAUAGCAUUCAGUUUCCAAAAGUGAGCAACAUGCCGGACUUUAGCGAUAUGUUAUCCUCACUUCUUUCGGGCAAAAAAAACUCUGGAUUCAGCUCAGAGCCCACACAAAUAAGCGAGGUUGUUUAAACAUAACUC